AUGUUGCCGGGGCUGACCGGGGACCUGCUACCUCUCAGGGGGGCCCCCCACUGGCCCCGCCGGGCCCGAGGCGAGCGCGUGUGCCCGCGGGCGCCCCUCCCCCACUUCCGCCUCCUGCCUCUUCCUCGUUCCCGACUCCCAGGGCCCGUGGGUUCCCGGGGGAGCCGGCGGCGCAGCCCCACCCGCCCGGCGCGCCCCGCUCCCACGCCCCCGCCGCUCGCCGCGCGCCGCGCGGACGCAACUGACUCAGCCGGGCCGCGCGCGCCGCAGGUAGGGCCGGGCGGCCGGGGCGCAGUGCUUGUUGGGGUUUCUCCUCCCCUGCUCUGCCUCAGAGCUGUACCUGCGCUUCCCCCUCCAGGAGCCGAUAUGGACCCAAACCCCCGGGCAGCCCUGGAGCGCCAGCAGCUCCGCCUCCGGGAACGGCAGAAAUUCUUUGAGGAUAUUUUACAGCCCGAUGCAGAAUUUGUCUUUCCUCUGUCACACCUGCAUCUCGAGUCACACCGACCCCCUAUCGGUAGUAUCUCGUCCAUGGAAGUGAACGUGGAUACGCUGGAGAAUGUGGAAUUCAUUGACCUGGGGGAUCCGGACGGAGCAGAUGUGUUCUUGCCUUGUGAAGAUCCCCCACCGACCCCGCAGACAUCCGGGGUGGACGAGCAUGCAGAAGGGCGGAGCCUACCCAUGUCCACGCCAGACAGGACCACGUCGUCCCGCUCCUCCUCUUCAUCCUCCGACUCCUCCACCAACCUGCACAGCCCAAAUCCCAGCGACGGCGGCGCAGACACGCCCUUGGCACAGUCCGACGAGGAGGAGGAGGACGAGGAUGCUGGCGAGGCAGAGCCUGGAGCCUGCAGCUAGCAGUGGGCCCCCCCGACGGACGGCCUGAGCUGGCUCUCCUCCACUUGAGACCGUGGAGGGCCCAGCCGGGCACUGUGGAAAAGAGCAGACUUUCCCCCCGUCCCCCGAAGUGGGCCCCAGAGGAAGGUGGGCCGGCCGGCAGGCCACUCUGGGAAUCGACCCUCUCCUCCUCCUCUCCCGCUAACCUGGGCCUGCGGUAACCCUCCCAACCCGUUUCCGGCUGAUUUCCUAGGGUAGGGCUGGCGAGUGGAGAUGGGAGAUGAGGUCGGACAGGAUGCCACUGCUUUCCUUAGCACCCGCCCUCCCUCACCCCCCUGCCACUUUCUCAGAGCCUCCUGGACUGGUGUGUCUGAAUGGACAUGGCAUUCCAGGGGAGAGGUACUCCAGCAUCCUGCUUCCGUAAUCCUUUUUAUUCUGAACAGGGCACGGUGUCAAUAAUAAACAACAGUCCACCUGCCCCUCCACUCUAUAUGUCUCCCAUUGCAUGGUGUCAUACCCUCCAUACCAUAUUUCUUUUUCUUUCUUUCUUUCUUUCUUUCUUUCUUUCUUUCUUUCUUCCUUCCUUCCUUCCUUCCUUUUUUUUCUUUUUUCUUUUUGCUUUUUGGGUCACACCUGACGAUGCUCAGGGGUUACUCCUGGCUCUGCACUCAGGAAUUACUCCUGGCGGUGCUCGGGGGACCCUAUGGGAUGCUGGGAAUCGGACCCAGGUCGAUCACGUACAAGGCAAACGCCCUACCCACUGUGCUAUCACUCUAGCCCCACUCCAUAUUUCUUUAGCUUUCUAACCAGCACCCCCUCUCUCUCACUCGCUCACUCCAUCUGUGCUGGGCCUUUGAAUACAGGUUUGAACAGGACAGGGGACAGCCCCGUCUCGGUGGAGUUUAUUGUAUCGAUGGGGGUGGGGAUGGAGCGAUCGGUUAAAUUACCACGGGACACUGUGUAAUAAAUAACAUGACAAGGAA